GGCAGUCUAGAACAAACAUGGCGGCCACCAAGCAUGUUUCCGAUGUUCAUCUCAAGUACAACACCCCGCUUGUUUCAAGAUAUGCCAGUCAGGAAAUGGUGUAUAACUUUAGUGACAAAAAGAAAUUUUCAACUUGGAGACAGCUGUGGUUGUGGUUAGCUAAAGCUGAACAGCAACUUGGUUUGAACAUCACCGAUGAGCAGCUCUCCGAGAUGGGGAGUAACCUGGAGAAUAUUGACUUUGAUAUGGCUGCGGAGCAGGAGAAACGAGUCCGCCACGAUGUCAUGGCUCAUGUCCACACUUUUGCUGCUUGCUGCCCUAAAUCAGCUCCAAUCAUACACCUCGGGGCCACCUCGGCCUAUGUGGGAGACAAUACUGAUUUGAUAGCCAUUAGGGAUGGUUUCAAAAUCCUCCUCCCAAAGCUUGCUCGAUGUAUUGAGAGACUGUCAAAGUUUGCAAGGGAACACAAAGCCCUGCCAUGCCUGGGUUAUACCCAUCUUCAACCUGCACAGUUGACAACCGUGGGGAAACGGGCGUGUCUGUGGAUACAGGAUCUACUCAUGGAUCUCCGCAACCUCCAGCGUGCACUCAGUGACCUUCGAUUCAGAGGGGUCAAGGGCACCACGGGCACACAGGCUAGCUUUCUUGCGCUGUUCGAUGGAGAUGAGAGUAAGGUGACCCAACUUGAUGACUUGGUAACACAGGCAGCAGGUUUUACCAGCCGCUUCCUGAUCUGUGGUCAGACAUACAGCAGGAAGGUGGACAUUGACUGUGUCAGUACGCUGUCCAGUCUAGGGGCUUCUGUCCAUAAGAUCUGUACUGACAUCAGGUUGUUGGCAAACUUCAAGGAGCUGGAGGAACCUUUUGAGAAAGACCAAAUUGGAUCCAGUGCAAUGGCUUACAAGCGUAACCCGAUGAGAUCGGAGCGUUGCUGUGCUCUGUCACGCCAUCUGAUGUGUCUGAUACAGGACCCACUGAUGACUGCCUCCGUGCAGUGGAUGGAGCGGACCUUGGACGAUAGCGCUAAUAGGAGAAUAAGCCUGGCCGAAGCCUUCCUGACUGCUGACUGUGUGCUGUGUACUCUACAGAACGUCUUCGAAGGACUGGUCGUGUAUCCAAAGGUGAUUGAGAAGAGGGUGAAGCAGGAGUUGCCGUUCAUGGCGACGGAGAACAUCAUCAUGGCCAUGGUGAAGGCAGGCGGCAACAGACAGGAGUGCCAUGAGGAGGUGCGGGUGUUGUCCCAGGCGGCGGGGAGCGUGGUGAAGCAGCAGGGUGGGGACAACGACCUGGUGGACAGGAUACGUGCCUCACAGUACUUCUCCCCCAUUCACGCCCAGCUGGACGCUCUCCUAGACCCUUCAUCUUUCAUCGGUCGGGCUCCUAAACAGGUACUAGAAUUCCUAGAUUCUGAAGUGACGUCUGCCCUGGCUCCAUAUGCAGAUCAAAUGUCUGGAUCUGUACAGCUCAAUUUAUAACACCCAUUCAUGGCCCAUCCAACCCAGGUGCUGCUUAUCAACAAGCCUAAAAGCAACAUUCUGUGGAGUGUGUUUUGGAGACAUCUGUAUUGAUGGGCUUGAACCUGCAAUGUGACAAAAGGAAGGCCAUAGUGCCAUUCAACAUGGAGAUGCUAUGCUUAAAGGAACUCUCUCUUCCCAGUUUUCCAUGUACUGAAGUUGUGGGUAGACUCGGAUUCUUCAUCAGAACUCCACAUGGUGCUUUGUCGAUAAGUGUUUGUGUCUGUCACAAACUUCUCUAUAAUCAUUGGACUCUUUGCCAGAAAUUCAUUAAGAUCUCAUUCCCUGAUGAGCAGAAUACAUUUCCAUAUUUAUGUUCUGAAAAUUGGUUGAAGUGUAAUCAAUGGGUUUCAAGGCGGUUCUCAUACUGUUCAUACGUCAGAACCUGUUGCCAUGACAAUAAACUACAUCUAUAUAAAAGAUAUUUGUGCCUCAAUAAAAUGAAUUUCAUGUAUUGAAAAAGUCAGGAGAAAACCUU